AUGCGAUCGGUGGCGUUGCUGACCUGUGUAUUUGUAUACACAAUCAGCCAAGUGUACGGGCUUAAUCCUAUCGUGAUUAAAGGCCACAAGUUUUUCGAUUCCGUUACGAAAGAGCAGUUUUUCAUCAAAGGUGUUGCAUAUCAACCUAGAGGCCAAAACAGUAAAAUCGACGACCCUUUAGCCGAUCCACUCCUUUGCACUCGUGAUGCUCAAUUGAUGGCCAAACUCGGUUUGAACGUUGUCCGUGUUUACGAGGUAAAAAAUGUAAAAAAUCAUGAUACCUGCAUGAAGGCCCUUAGUGAUGCUGGCAUGUAUCUGUUGCUGGAUAUUGCUACUCCCAAGUUUUCAGUCAAUCGAGAGGAACCCGAAUACGAUGUUAGUCUUUACAAUGCCUACAAGGCCACCGUCGACACGUUCUCGCAAUAUGACAACGUAUUGGGCUUCAUUGCAGGCAACGAGGUGACCAACGAUCGCACCAAUACACAGGCGUCCGCUUAUGUAAAAGCCGCCCUGCGUGACAUCAAAAGCUAUAUCAAAGCGACCAAAAAACGCUACAUUCCCGUGGGCUACGCUAGCAACGACGAUGAACAUAUUCGUCUUCCCAUUCGCGAUUACUUUAACUGUGGUGACGAAGGAUCUCAGGCCGAUUUCUUUGGCGUCAAUUUGUAUGAAUGGUGUGGUGAAUCUUCGUUUGCCAAAUCGGGAUUCAAGGAUCGAACCAACGAAUUUGCCAACUUUAGCAAACCGGUGUUCAUGUCCGAGUAUGGAUGCAAUUUGGUGACGCCGCGUCCCUUUAGCGAAGUGCAGGCGAUCUAUGGGCCAGAGAUGACCGAUGUGUGGUCCGGUGGCGUAGCGUAUGAGUGGACGCAGGAAAAUAACAAUUACGGUUUGAUCAAAGCAGCGUAUGGCAAUAAUUCCGUGGAACUGUUACCGGACUACACCAACCUUCAAAAGCAAUUGGCCAAAGUGGAUCCCAAAGGCGUUAACAUGGAUUCCUUUGAUGUGCAACGCAGCGCGUCGCCCUGUCCAUCAACAAACAACAUCUGGAAAGCCGCCAGCCAGCUACCGCCGACGCCGUCGGAUGGCGCGUGUACGUGUAUGCAUGAAAAUUUGAGUUGUUUGGCGGCCGACCUUGUGUCAAAUAGAGGCGCAUCUGAACAGAUCGAUGUAAUGUGCGGUAUGGUGUCGUGCAGUGAGAUUAGCGGGGAUGCGGAAAAAGGAAAGUACGGCGCCUUUUCGUUUUGUUCGCCGAGAGAAAAGCUGAGCUGGUUGUACCAUUCGUAUGCUCAAGCCAAAGGCCAAUGCGACUUUGAAGGCAACGCAGUUGAAGUGGCCCCGCGACGGAAAGAUCUCCACAGCUGCGCCAUGAUUGAACCUAACAAGAACGAUGCAGGCGUCUUUCACGAGACUCGUCGACCUUCCACAGAAAGAAGGAAGAAGGCCGCCGCCACAGCGUCCAUCGUGACGCUCUCCCCUCUUUUACUCUUUCUCACAGCAUUUAUCAUGACGUUCUCCAUUUAA